UAGCAGUAUUGGAUAAUCUCCAAUCCCCAUUCUCCAUCUACUACAAAACCGCACACCUCACCUCCUCUUACCUUCUCUCUGUCUCUCUCUCUCUCUCCUCAUUUCUCCCCAAUCUCCACAUCCUCCCAUGUCCACUACUACAAUCCACGAUCUCCCCGACGCCAUCCUAACCAACAUCCUCUCUCUGAUCACCGAUGUCCGCGCCCGCAACUGCGCCUCCCUCGUAACGACGAAAUGGCGCGCCUUAGAGCGCCUGACACGCACCCACCUAACUUUACGCGGCAACAUCCGCGACCUUCUGUUCCACCUCCCAAACUCCUUCACCUCUAUCACACAUCUAGACCUCUCUCUCCUCUCUCCUUGGGGGUUGGGACUCUCUCUUCACAUUCAAGACCCUUCUUUCCUUCUCUCUCACCGCCUACGCUUGGCUUUUCCAUCUGUCUCUUCUCUUACCCUUUACUCUCGUUCUCCCUCUACUCUCUCUCUUCUUUCUCCCUUUUUCCCUUCUCUUUCUCACGUCAAGCUUAUUCGCUGGCAUCAACGCCCUAAUCAUACCCCACUUGGCUCUGAUUUCUUCUCUCUCUUUCAGAAUUCUUCCCUUCUUUCUUCUCUUGAUUUGUCUUGCUUUUAUUACUGGACUGAGGAUCUUCCUCCUGCUCUUCAGGCUCAUCCUUUCAUUGCCUCCAAUUUGAUUCACUUGAAUUUGUUGAACUUUUCUUUGUCUGAAGGUUUUAAGUCUGAUGAGCUUCUUGAUAUUACUAGGGCUUGCCCUAAUUUGAGGGAUUUUAGGGUUGGCUGUGUUUUUGAUCCUAGAUAUGUUGGCUUUGUUGGGGAAGACGCGCUUUUGGCCAUUCCGUCCAAUUGUAUUCACUUGAGGGUUCUUCAUCUUGCGGAUAUUUCGCAGGGAGAUCGAGAUUUUGAUGAGGAUGGCUUUUCUAGUGAGGAUGCUGGCUUUAGUCUUGACUGUCUUGUUCGCUUUUUUUCUGGGUUGAGUUUCAUUGAGGAAUUGCUCUUGGAUGUUUGCAGGAAUGUUAGAGGGAGUUGGGUGUGUUUGGAAGCUUUGGCUUCCAGAUGUCCCAAUUUGAGGGUGCUUGAGGUGGGUUGUUUUCAUGGGAUUUGUAGGGCAAUUGAGUCUCAUUUGGAUGGGAUUGCUCUGUGUCAGGGACUUGAGUCGUUAACUAUUAACAACUCGGCUGAUUUGACGGACUUUGGUUUGAUCGCCAUUGGGAGGGGAUGCUCCAAGCUUGCUAAGUUUGAGGUCCAAGGAUGUAGGAAGAUCACGAUGAGGGGACUAAGGACGAUGGUGUGCUUGCUCACGAAGACGCUAGUUGAAGUCAAGAUCUCGGGUUGCAAAUACCUUGAUGCUCCUACAUCGUUGAAGACAGUGGAGCCAAUUAGGGACCGAAUUAGGAGCCUUCACAUUGAUUGUGUUUGGGAUGGUGAGAAGCCCGAGUACGAGGAAGAGGCAAUUGUACUAGGUGAUGAUGAUAUUAAUGAGAUGGAGAGCAAAGAUGAUGAUGAUGGAAUUGAGGUAGAAAGUAGGGUGAAAAAGAGAUGUAAGCUUUCUCUGGGUACUGGGAGCUGGUUCAUGAAUGGCAACAUCAAACGAGGAGGCACUAGCAAUGGGAAUUUGAUUAAGACAUGGAAACGCCUGGAAUUUCUAUCUCUUUCUAUUGGUGUUGGAGAGCUCUUGACACCAUUAGCUGCUGCAGGACUCGAGGAUUGCCCAAGUUUGAGAGAGAUACAUAUAAAGGUGGACGGAGACUGUCGAGAGAGACCGAAACCCUCACAGGGUUUUGGGAUUAGCUCACUUGGGCAAUAUCCUAUGUUGUCUAAGAUGAAACUCGAUUGUGGUGAUACAAUAGGCUAUGCAUUGACAGCCCCAUCUGGGCACAUGGACCUUAGCUUGUGGGAGAGGUGGUUCUUGGAUGGUUUUAGGAAUUUGAGGCUGAAUGAGCUUGAUUAUUGGCCUCCACAAGAUAGGGAGGUCAAUCAAAGGAGCCUCUCACUUCCAGCAGCAGCACUUCUAACAGAAUGUGAUACGUUGAGGAAACUCUUCAUACAUGGAACUGCUCAUGAGCAUUUCAUGAUGUUUUUCAUUAGGAUUCCAAAUCUGAGAGAUGUGCAACUGAGAGGGGAUUACUACCCUGCUCCCGAGAACGAUAUGAGCACCGAGAUGAGAGUGGAUUCGUGUUGUCGAUUCGAGAACAGGUUGAAUGCACGCCAAAUUCCAGACUGAGUUUGCUCGUGAAGUUUUGGUUCAAUGUAAUUGAAGGAUAACAUAAAGGGAAAAUUGGACGUCAAGCUUGGUCAUUUCUUGUUGAUAACACCAACUUAUAGCAUCUUAGGAUUAGGCGAGUCAAAUUUUGGAGAGUUUUCUUCCUUGUUUUUUGUAUUAUAGAUUACAAUUGUAUCUGUAUCUGUAACUCUUCACAUUCAACAAUUACUGAACGGCUGAUAUGAUGAAAUCCUACAAAAUGUAGUUCUCUUUGCA